GCCAGUGCCAGUGCCAGUCACCUGCCAACUGCGCUCGCUCUAUCAAUGUUUACCAGGCCUGGCCUCUAUGGGCGCCUUGUUUACUACUUCGAUGCUUGGGCUGCCACAGCCCAUGAUUCACUGAGUUUUAUUGCACCGCUGGUAACCACCUCAACCACUUAUAUCCAAUACGGUGGCCCUUGAAAAUGAAGUAUGGCUGCCUCACCCUCAUAUGGCGACCGGCCACCGCUUCAAGGCUACCGCAGGUCCUUCACCGUCCCUGCGCGACCAUUGUCUCUUCAUGAACGAGCAGGUCUCGACGAAGCCGACGCCGAUUCCAAGAUUUUGUAUUCGCACCCUUCCGCACGCAUCAUCGCCUUUUCCCCUCCGACCGACUCAAUUCCUCGAAGUAGCAGAGAAACUCUUCCAGAAACCGACUACCCCGUUGAUACCAUCGAGACUCUACCAUGGCGAUCCCGUACGGAGACGCUGGCGGCCACAGGGCCUCUAGUAAUCGAGAAAGUGCGUGGGUCCAGCCAUUUUCUGAAAUCGGCAGAUCAGAAGGUCAUCCACCCCAUCAUGCGAAAUUCUCAGUGUUGGUGCGUCGACGGAGAAUCCAAGUUCGUCCUACGCAUUGGAAAAUUCCGAUAUUGCAGACUUGAAUUCCCUUCUGAGACCGAUGCGGACAAGGCAAAGGUUGAAGAGCUUAAAUCGGUCUUGACCAAGGUCCUCCGAUUCGAGAGAACGCCGUGUCCCUUCAAACGAGCAUUUCACGUCGACUUGCCAGACGAUGCUAUCACACCCCGACCGAAAAAGAUGUGGCAGCCGAAGCAGCAGCCAGUGUCUACAACUCCGAAAACCGAUCCAUUGCCCUUACAGCGCUCGAAAACCGCUCGUGCGUGGAGUUUACAAGGGCAAGCUAGUCCUACACCGCUUUAUGCGUAUGGCCGUCGCGGGUCGGACUACGGAUUUACCACUAGUCGCAGCUCGUCUCCCCGACCACAACAUGAUGCUGGCGAAUACCGUCCUGCUACACCGUCCAGCCUCGCAUCUAGUGAAGGACCGAGAGGCGCCACGCAGGAGGAGACCCCGAACGAAGCAGGCGGCUCAAAACAAGAAAUCGAUAGCAGUACGGUCACCCCGAUCUCAACCGUAGACUCGCCCGUCAGUCCCGAAGUUGCCGCCCUUCAGCAUCAACCGCAGGAGAACGACACCGAGUCUUCAGUAUUACAGGGCACGAUUGACCAGUUGCCAACGAAGGAAAACCAAGCGGCGCCGAUAGAGCGUCUACAAAGUCAAGCAGAGACUGUAGCAGAAAAUGUUCACCAAGACCCACCAGAAAACAGUCUGGCACAACCAGCGGGUGAUGCAGGCGCCGAAAAAGAAAGUAGGAGCGAAAGUGUGUGCUCGCAGGAACCAGAUGCAGUUGCUCUUAAACCUACAGACAGCGAACCUCCUCCAACGGGUGGACUGGGGUUAUCUUCUCAAGUUGUGUCAGAGGAUCCGGUGUGCCAAAAUCCAUCCACACCAGAUCUACCUCAUGACGACGGCUCCCAAUCAGCCCAAGGUCCUUUUUUUCAAGAACCGGAUCGAAAGCAAGACCAAGAUGCCCUCUGCUCAAAGGAUGAAACAUCAGAGUCUCCAUUGCUUAGCUUUAGUGAUCCAACACAGGCUGAUGAUGUCCUCAGCCGCGUGUCCAGCGCUGACUCCUUUCACACUACGAGUUCUCCCACUGAGGAAUCGGCACCGCAGGUUGAUGAUGCGUUCUCCGCCGGCAUCCGUCAACAUCAAAGAGAAGUCUCGGAAUCAACCGUGACGGCCGCCUCGGAGCAGAUUAUUGCAGACCUCAGACCGUCGACAAGCGAGUCGCUAGAAUCAAAAUCGCCCUCGACGCCAGCUCUCGGGCGGUCCUCUACAUCCGAAUCUUCCUGGCCAGAAGUGCAAACGCCUUCACCGGUCAAUGAAGGGCUGAGAGAGCGGCUGAAGGCGAGAAGAGAGAGGUCUCUAUCACCUUUACCACCAUCGACUACGGUGUUCUUGCCGCCGCCGCCAUCAUCACCUAGUGGUCAAGGCGGCCAUUUCACAGCUGCAAUACUCCAGAAGGCCUGCAACGUGGCUCUCGUCAAGCCGAUUGAAGCGGUCGUUCUUCUCGUGCAUAUUCUGGCUCGAAUCGCUGGCGGAGCCACUGUUAGUGAUUUACUUAGUGGGGAAUUGUUUCGACGUCCCGAACAACUUGAACUCCGGAGAAGAUCGAGCUUCCCGGACCAGAUCAGCGCCCUGCCACAUCCCUCUGAUGAGGAUGAAGACGACUUUGGCGUUCCCAUCCGCCGCGGCAGGACACCAGGUGCUGAGAUGAAACCGGCUACGGUGUUCGCACCAGUGAAGGGAAAAGGAAUGGAUGACGAAACGGACUCACUCUACGAUUUGGAUUGAGUUUGGGCCUUUUGCAGCUUACAGAACCUGUUUUGGUAAACAUUGACGGCGGAAUGUCGUACUAGUAGGUGGGUGUUGGCUGACCAUGAAACUGUAUAUAUAAGAGCAGACGGCGUUUUGAGGCUCCUUUGAAUCACUUCAAUGAUUGUGAGCUUGGCUGGGAAACAUGCAGUGGGCAGGUCCGACUACAGUAUAUGAUCUCGGGCUGUAACUAGGGGCGAUGACGAUCAUGAUGAUGCUAAUGAUGGAAUCGUGAAUAUAUCUUUAAAGGAUGGAUGGGACACGAGAAUACUGGUAUAUUUUCAAAAUUAUCUGUCGUAUUGGGAUCUGAGCACC